GAGAUAAAUUUCUAUGGAAAAAUUUAUAACCUUAAUUCAUAAGUUUAUAAUAUAAUAACACAAUAUUAACAUGAAAUAAAUUUCCAAGUAUUUUUUUAAUCAUAAUGAAAAUAAUCGCAAAGACAAGUUUUUAUAUUGAAACUCAUUGUAAGUUUAUCAUUCUUGAAUUUUAAAAUGUAUUUUUCAAAAAAGCUAACUCCUAUCUACUAAAACGUCUAAAACUAAAUCAAUGCAAGUUAUUGUAAUCGAAUUCUUUUAAAGUUUUUCCUACAAAAUAUGCAAUUCAAUUCUUUUUUUAUUUGCACAAAAACCUUUGAAAAUCUAUUCGGUUAUACGAAUAACCUAUAAAAAAAAUUAAAAAUAUGGAAGAAGAAAUUCAAAGUACAGAAAGCAAUGAAAAUGUCGAGAUAAUUGUAAAUGAAAUCAAUAAACCACGAAUCAGUUCAAAUCUUAAAAAAUCAUUUGCUCAUUUACAAAACGCUAGUACUGCAGAAGAGAAGGAACAAAAAUCUGAAGAAAAUGAAGGAUUAAUAGUGGAUGGAGAAAUUCGGAUAUUACAUGAAAUACCAGAAACAAAGGAGAUACUAUGCAUCGCUUAUACUGAAAACCAUCAAUUGUUGGCUAUAGGACUUGUGAAUGGUGCUAUCAGAUUAUUUAGUUUCAAAUCUGGAGAGAACGUUGCUAUUCUUCAAGACGAUGAAAUAAUUCAAUACUCCAAUCCCGUAACUGCAAUUAAACAUAGACCUGUGAAAUCAAGUCAUCCAGUUACUCAAACUCUCAUUUCCACGUAUUGCAAUGGUUGUGUUAAAAACUGGCAUUAUCCAUCCGGACAGUGUCUUUACACUAUUAGAGAAAAUAGACAAGCUCUUGGUUUAGCCUAUCACCCUCAGUUGCCUAAAUUUGUUACAGUGGGAGAUGACACUAAAGUUAUUCUAUAUGACGAGGAAACAAAAACAAUGGAAAGAAUCUUUCAAUCUAGUGGAACACCAGAGUUUAUGAACGGUCAUAAAUCACGAGUUUUUUCUGCUUGUUUUAAUCCCUCAUCCAAUCAUGAACUUGUGAGCGGUGGAUGGGACGAUACAAUUCAGUUUUGGGACAUCAGACAACCCUUUUCUCAACGUUAUAUUGGUGGUGUUCAUAUUUGCGGUGAAGCCAUAGACAUUAGUCAAAAUGGAAAAGAGAUAUUAACUUGCUCCUGGCAGGAAAAAAAUCCGCUUCAAUUAUGGGAUUAUUCGUCUGGAAAACUUAUUGCCAAUUUGCAGCCAGAUGCUUUUGAAAGUUAUUUAUAUGCUGGAAAAUUUAUCAACAGCAAAUACUAUGUAUGUGGAGGUUCUGAUAACAAUUAUAUCAGAAUUGUUGAUCGACAAAUGCAUUUGACUAUAUGUGGAGUCAGAAAUUUACCUGGAGGAGUUUAUUCAAUAGAUAUUGGACCAAUGUCAGGAAGAAAAACAAAGUCGAGCAAUUUGCCAAGAAUUACAUUUUGUAGCGGGAAAACUGUUUAUGAAUUAGAAUCAACUUAAAAUCAACUUUUCAUCAAAAUUUGUAAUAAAUGAUUAAUAUUUGUUUCUUUCUCACUAAAACUCACUCUAUUACCACUAAUAAUAUCAAAAUUAAAUUGAUUUAAACGUU